CUGGUCUCAGCCUCCUGCAGAGAGAGAGAGAGAGAGAGAGACUCUCAGCUCACCACCCAUAGAACCCAAAUGAGUGGGCAGCUCAGCAGUAGGAGGGUCUCAUCCAUUCAAACCCAGGAUUGAAACUGCUUGGAACCUUCAACUGCAGGAGAACAGCUAGAACUGUCACUUCGAAUCCUGAGAAUACUUUAAUCUCAGCCUGGAUUGCUCAACUUCAACAAAACCUCACACUCCACUGACCAGCAGCACAGCGGAACCUGAGACUGGACUGCCCAGAUUUGAAAGGUCUUUUUCAGACUCAGGACAAAGCCGUCUUCAGCAGUGGACCUCGGCUGGCAGGAGCACCUAAUGGACCAUCCUAUGCUCCUAUGAGAGCUGGCUCUGUGACCCCUGAAUACACUGUACCAGACAACUGCUUUGUCCAGAGCCGUGCCACCAUGGCCACUUACCAAUCUCCAGAUGAGGGCACGGUGGCUUUACUGACUCAUAACCCCAACGGCAGUAAAGAAGCCGAGAGAAGUAAGGAGGAACUGGGUCAGGAGAAAGGACAAGAUAAGCCAGACCCUUCACAGAAACCCCCUUACUCCUAUGUGGCCCUGAUAGCCAUGGCCAUCAGAGAGAGUGCAGAGAAGCGACUUACCCUCUCUGCCAUCUAUCAGUACAUUAUCAGCAAGUUCCCCUUUUAUGAGAGAAACAAGAAGGGCUGGCAGAACAGUAUUCGCCAUAACCUCAGUCUGAACGAAUGCUUCAUCAAAGUGCCCAGAGAAGGAGGGGGUGAGAGAAAGGGCAACUACUGGACCUUGGACCCAGCCUGCGAGGAUAUGUUUGAGAAAGGGAACUACAGGAGACGGCGGCGAAUGAAGCGACCAUUCAGGCCACCUCCUACCCAUUUCCAAGCAGGGAAGAGCAUCUUUAGCAAUGACACCUAUGGUUACCUGUCCCCACCUAAGUACCUGCAGUCCACCUUCAUGAACAACUCAUGGUCCCUGGGCCAACCACAUGCCCCCAUGUCCUACACGUCCUGCCAGAUGGCUGGGGGCAAUGUCAGCCCGGUUAACGUGAAAGGACUCUCUGCAUCGCCCUCAUACAACCCAUACUCCAGGGUCCAAAGCAUGGCACUUCCCAGCAUGGUCAACUCUUACAACGGCAUGGGUCACCACCAGCUCCAUGGCCACCACGCACAGCAAUUGAGCCCGGCUAGCCCUGCUCCCCCACCUACAGGCAGCCCCAAUGGGGUUCAGUUUACAUGUGCCAGGCAGCCCUCAGAGCUGUCCAUGAUGCACUGCUCGUAUUGGGACCAUGAGACCAAGCACAGCGCCCUGCACCCUAGGAUAGACCUCUGAGAAAGACUUCUAGACCAACAGCCAAGAUAGAAUCCUUAGAACCAUGGAAUCCCAGGAGACAUUCUCUGAGAACACACACCUUGCUCCCUCUGAGAACUGGGUUUGAACUCCAGGAUCAGCCCAUAAUCAUGUUCUCUCCUACAGUUCAGGAUUACUUUGUAUACUUGGUUUCCAUAGAGACACUGAGGGGACUUCUAAUACAGACACCCUCUGCUCCCCCCGUUUGAUUGAAGUCAGUGUAAGUGUAUCAAUGUACCAUAUCAGUGUGUAGUCCACACCGCUCUCUGCUCUGCCACUUCCAGCUCAUUACAAGCUAUGGCAACCUCUGCUGCUCCAGCUGCAGAAGCUGCAACUCCAGAAGUGCUGAGCUAACCACCAAGUGGCUGGCUGAGUGUCAAGAUAGUUGUACUCCUCAUGAGCUUCAGUGACAGAUAUUGCUUAGCCCUUAAAAAUGCUAGUACACAACUAGACACAAAGAAAUAUAUGUGCAUGUAUAU